UGGCGCUGCUGCCGGCCGCGCAAUGUUUUGGGGGCGGUCGGGGCGGCGCGGAGCGCGCGGAGCCGCCGGACGAUCUUUGCGCUGACGGGAGCGCCCGGCGGCCGCUCCGCGGGAGGAGGCGGCGGAGCAGGAGGAGAACACAACCCGGCGGAGUCUCCCAGAAGAGGGGCACGGCUCGCCUCGGUCCUGUGAGCGGCGCGGGCGGGGAGCCGGCACCCCCCGUGGCAGCGGCGGCGGCAGCGGGGUGUCAGCGGCCGCGGUGAUGAUGAACAGGUUCAGAAAGUGGCUGUACAAACCCAAGAGAACAGACCCACAGCUCCUUGCUCAGUUCUACUAUGCUGAUGAGGAACUAAAUCAAGUGGCAGCUGAACUGGACAGUUUGGAUGGAAGAAAAGACCCACAGAGAUGUACACUGCUGGUCAACCAGUUUCGCUCCUGUCAGGAUAAUGUUUUGAACAUCAUAAACCAAAUCAUGGAUGAAUGCAUUCCACAUGAACGGGCCAACCGAGACUUUUGUGUUAAGUUUCCAGAGGAAAUACGCCAUGACAACCUUGCAGGACAGCUUUGGUUUGGAGCAGAGUGUUUGGCUGCUGGUUCAAUUAUUAUGAAUCGUGAAAUUGAGAGUAUGGCUAUGAGGCCCUUGGCCAAGGAUCUGACGCGAAGCCUAGAGGAAGUCAGAAAUAUCAUUCGUGACCAGGCCUUAAGGGAUUUGAACCUCUACACAGAAAAAAUGAAAGAUUCCCUGAAACAUUUUGAUGUCCUUUUUGCUGAGUUCGAAUUAAGUUAUGUGUCAGCCAUGGUACCUGUGAAGUCUCCAAAAGAAUACUAUGUACAGCAAGAGGUUAUUGUAUUGUUCUGUGAAACUGUGGAGAGAGCCUUAAGGCUUGGAUACCUCACUCAAGAUAUGAUUGAUGACUAUGAACCAGCUUUAAUGUUUACAAUUCCAAGAUUAGCCAUUGUAUGUGGCCUUGUUGUCUACUCCGAGGGACCAUUAAACUUGGACCAUAAACCAGAAGAUAUGUCUGAACUCUUCAGACCUUUUCACACUUUGCUAAGAAAAAUAAGGGAUCUCCUUCAGACAUUGACUGAGGACGAGCUGCACACACUGGAACGUAACCUGUGCAUCUCUCAAGAUGUAGAUUUUCCUGUCAGAGCAGAUCCUGAAGUACCCUCUGUCAUUGCACCAGGCAUAACUGCAACUUUGCCUCCUAAGGAACUUUCAGCAAAAGCUGAGAACACAGAGGCUGAGCUGGCUUGUUCCAUGCAGUAUGAUGAGCAGGAGCUGGAGCAGCUGAACAGGAUGGUACACAGAGUCGGCGAUGAAAUGUCUUCUCUGCUUUCCCCUCCAAGCAUCUGUCAGUCUCCAGCUCACAGACCUAGCCUAAGAAAUAGUUCUAGCACAGAAGCUUCACCAACAAGACACCAUCUUGACAACUUAACUGAUGAAGAGGACAGAGUGUUUUUUAUGGAUGACCUAGAUGGAGCAGGAGAAGCUCUGGCUGGGUUGGAUUCAGUAAGUGAUACUUUUGCUUGGGUGAAUAACCCUUGCCAUGAUUCAAAACAGAACCUGCAAUAUAGAGAUGCUUUGCUUUAUGAGAAUGGCCAUCAGACAGAGGAAACUUUGCUUUUAAAAGAUGCUGAAAGUGACUUAAGCAAUAAUAACAAUGUUGAAGAUGGAAAACAGAUGCCUGGCAUUUCAGUUCCAAAUUCAUGCAGCUGUCUAGAAGGUCCAGACUCACAGUUAUACCUCAAUGGCUGGGAUGCGUAUGCUGAUGAUGCAGAAACGGCGGAAGUGAUAGCCCACAGGACAGGGGGAAUGAAAAUAUCUGCUACUGUAAUAUUCAAUCCUAAAUCUCCUUCUAGCUCAGAAUCCCCAGUAACAACCCCAGAAGCAGCUAUUAGUUGUAUUCCUGGAUCUGCUAAUCCAUUAGCAAAUGAGGAGGAGGAUGAAUCCCAUAAACUCAGUAUAGCUGCCACAAACUGUCUAAUUAAUUCCUGUGUGUGUUGUGGCAGCUGUGAAGACAGCAGGGAGGACGGUGUUGAAGGUUUAAAGACUAAACAUUCUGCAGGAGGUGUUGUAAAUGCUUCAUACACAUUAGUAAAGUCUAAGGAAAUGGACCAUGUAGAUAACUUGGACAAUUCAGUCCCUGAGCAGGAAACAUUAAAACCUGAAACUUCUGCUUUGUUAGCAGAAAGAGACUUUGGCAGUGAAGAGCAAAAACUGCCAGUCUCCUCUAAGUGCCUGGCACAUUCCUCAGGUUCACAGGUAGGAGCAGAAAGUGACUCCCAAGGAGAAACAGAAAGCAUCUCAAAUCAGCAGAAGAAGUGGGAGAAGAGAAAACAACUGUGUGAUAAAACAAUGGACUACAAUGAAGAUGCUAGUAGUGAAAGGACAGCAAAAGAAGAUGUAAAGUCACGAUCUAGUUCAAGUUCUCAGGAUGGCUUACGUGAUUCCCCCCUCAGCUCCAUCUCCAGCAGUGACUAUGAGAGUGUUUCUGUCACUACAUGUAGUCUCUCCAGCAUAUACGCUCUGAGAGAGUUACAUUCUACUUCUGCCCGUGCUCGUGUAGUUUGCUGGAGAUAUCCAGAGGAAGUGAAUGGGAAUCCCUGAUGUCAAAGGUAUUUGGAUAACAUAAAUGGUAAGGUUAGUCACUGGAUUAUGUAUUAAUGCUUUUCUAGUAAGCAUUUGUAAUAUUGUUGCAGAGUUUUCUUUUUAGACUUAGUUGAGAUGAGUUUGUGUGGCUGAAACUUGAGCCCUGUCUAUUUACAGGCACCACUGACAGUCUUCUGAGAUCUUUUCCUGAAAAUCAGUUAUCAUUGAAGACCUGAAAUCAGAGACUUAAAUGGUGAUCUUAAUUUCCUUUUAAAUUUGGUGACAUAAUUGCAUCACAUAUUUCUGUUGGAGCUGGAUAAUCUUCAAGCUCUCUUCCAGCCCUAACUAUUCUCUGAUUCUGUGGUAUAGAGUAGAAUGGGUCAUUUGGGCUUUCUUCUUUGCAAGAAGUGACCCUCUAUUACUUUUGUUUCAAGAUCUUGAAAGAUAAAGAAACAAAACCAAACCAUGUUUUUUUUUAAGUUUUUUUGUGAUUAAUUUGAAAACAUGGUAAUUCAGUUGAUUUUUUGUAUUCAUUGUAUUUGAAACAUAGAGCUUUUAAAUUCUUUUUGUCUGUCACUGCUGUAUAUUUAAUGCAUUUUUAAGAUACUCUGAGGGUUGGUUUGUGAAUAAUGAGAAAUUCUUUCAGAGAAUCUCAUACAUUCUGCAUUCAUGCAGAACAGAUUUCAGGUUUAAAGAACCAAACAUUUCUAGACAAAUUUGAAAGGAGACAUCUGUGAGUGGACAGAGAUUUCUACAGCUGUUGCUGUAUUUUGAGCACAAACAUGAAAUAUUUAAAUUUGGACCAAGGCUGAAUUGGUUGACUUUGGUUGUUUGGUUUUAGACUUUGCUGCUUUCACUUGUUUUGGAUGAGUGUCAGUGACCAACAAACACAGCCUAAAGCCUACAGUAUCACAGAUGGUUACCUAAAAUGUCUGUCCACUUCUGAAAAUAUCAGUCAUAACCUCAUUGUUCCACAGUCCAGUUUUCCAUUAUAUAUGAGUACUGCUACUUAAACUGGCUCAGAAGUGUCCUUUGGAACACAAAAGCUAUAAAGCAGAUUGCAUCUUGGUGAGAGAUUAUAUUAUGUAUAAUUACAUUAUUGGCUUUUGUUUGCUUUUACAUAUUUGGCUAAAUUUCACAGUAAAGCCUUGAGACCAGGCAACCAUUCUAGAGAUACACCUUGAAAUGUUGAAAGAAUCUUAUGACUCUUCUAAUGUAAUAAAUGAACUUUAAUUUUAAAAUGGUGGCAGCAGCCAAGCUAAGCAAAAAGCUAAUUCAUUUUAUCAGCCACAGGGUAUCUGUUCCUUUAUAAGGUAAAAGCAGAUUUACUGUUUGGAAUCAACCUUUGACAUAACAUCUUAUUUCUUUAUAUUCACCUUCAGAUAUGUUAGCUUUGCAAUGUUUUUACAGUCUGAAAAACCAAUGCAUGAUAAGCAUUGUGUAUAUGAUAAAUGUUUCACAAGGGUAGUUCCAUGUGUAUUUUGGUGUUACCUCUUUGUAACUUAAUUCAUUGGGUCAUUCAGGGUUCCUUUCAAGCAAAUAGUUGAGAAAAUGAGGACUUGUCUCAAGCAGUAGUAUGGCUGUUGGUAUUGUGCAGUGAGACAUGACUCUGUAGAUACUGGCUGUGAAACAUUCCACAUCCAAGCGUAGUCUGACGUUAAUGAAAUGCUUCCUAAAUAUCUGGUAUUGGCUGAGAAUGUUGAUCCAAAUUAUCCAUGUUAGAUAAGCCAAGUAGGAAAGGUAUUCUUUAUAGGGGCAAAAAAAAAAUUAGGUAAGCUGCAUGGUGUAGAUCACAUUUCUGGUUUGUUCUCUAUAAUACUAUUUAUAAAAUCAUGAGAAUCAAUGUGCAUGGAUGCAGUCAUUGCUGUUUGGGAUACUCUGUUAUAUAAAAAAAAGCUGUCUCUUUUGCUGUUUAUCUGAAACAAUUCCAGUGUUUCUGUUCUUACAGUAUUUCUGACUGUCUCUACAAUAUUGUAUUUUUGGCUGCAUUCUUUAACAGUUAGAGAUACGUUAAAUAAAAAACAGAUGGUUGUUAGUUGUUCUUUGAGAGUCAUUUUUGACUAAAUGAAUUAAGUUACAUUUUUGUCUAAGUUGGACUUGUGUUAGUAAAGGCAGAGCAAUUGUUUCUAACUCUGUAGCAAUUCUUAGGUCCAGUUUUAAAUUUUUCUGAAACAUUAAUUUAUUUGUUUUAUAGUAGCACAAGCAAUCCCAAGUACAAAAUAUCCUCUUUUCUGAACCUCCUGUAUGUGGAUACUGUAGUUUACAGUAUGUCAUGUUUACAUAUGAAAUUAUGUCAUAAAUGUGAGUGGGCAGACAUGCUGACCUUCCAUCCCACAGUGCUGGAGCAAUUCACAGUUGCUCUGUGUUGGGGUUUUUGAGGACAGAACAGUCCCAGCCAGUCUUAAUGACACACCACAAAAUCUAACAGAACAGUCUGCAAUGGAAGUAGGUCAAACCACAUUCCCUGAAUGAAGUAGGUAGAACUGUAUUCCUCCCAGCUGGAGGCGGCUCAGAAAGGUGAAGAUUAUUAUUAAAAUUGGUCAGAAUUGUGGAAUGAGCCUUUAUUUCUUUCUUUAAAACAGCAAAAGACCAAGUAGCUUAUAUUCUUGAAAAGCACUCUUCACAGCUCUCUGCCCACUUAACACCUUCCUUUGAAAUAUUUCUUCAGCUGUGAUUUGGAGGGAAAAGUCAUCCUUGAUUCAGUGGUCCUGUUUUCCUCUGCACUAGAGUUUCUGCGUACUGGGAGUUUUGAAGAGUCCUUUGUAUUGGGGUUAUAUAAUUACACAGACUGCAUUUGGCUUUGUCAGGAGGUCCAUGCUUGCCUUGGAGAGCAAUUUGUGGUGCAUAUGUGUGCAUCACUAAGAGAAUCCUUCCAUAAAACAGAAAGUAGAGCCUAUUUGGCCAUGUUGCAAGGCAAAGUCCUUGUGAACAGGCAUCCAUCCUCUUACUGCACACCCUUGUGAGUCAGGAAUCGCUUCCUGGCUCUCUCUGCCUUGCAGUUAGUUCCUUCAUAAGCCUCAUUUGUACAUGACCUUUUCAUUGUCUUGAGCACAGGCCUUUCCAGGCUGACAGGCUUGCUGUUGUAAUAUCUGCUAUAUCCCCCUAUGGAAACACAAAGGAAAAUUGAAAGAGAAUUUUCACUUCGUUCUCAGCGUCUUUGAUAAGCCUAGUCAGUCAUGGUGCUGCUGGAACUGUAAACAUAGAAAUAGCAUCUCUUUACAACAAUUUCCCUUUGUUAGUAGCAAUUGAUAACAUGAACAAAAUGAGUCUCCUGCAAGCCUAGUCUUUACUCUGUGUUUGAAAGAAUGAGGGGCCAGUUCAUGCUACACAUCUUCCAUUGAUAUUUCUAUCAAUAACUAAUCUCCAGUACUUACUUAUUUUCAGUCUGUUUUUCCUAGGGCUUUUAAGAUUGUAUGGCAUAAUUAUUUCUCUUUUAUAUUUCAAAGGAUUACCUGUGGAGCCAACAGGUAGAAUUUGAAAACUAUAUCCUGUAAAAUUUUGUUAUAAAUAACUGUUACCUCUGUGUCUUCUCCCAAAAUAACUAUUCAUGCAUACUGCCAUAAGGAUGGGGUCUGCAAGAUGGUGAAUGUUUCUGUACCUGAUAAAAGUAGAUUGAACUCAAAAUGUGUUAGAAAUUACUUUUUUGUUACACGUGCUACUUAUACAAGCAGGUAGUAAUUCUUCUUUUAACAUGGUAGUUGUCUGUAAAUUGAAGAGUGCUGGAGUUUUUGACAGCAAAUGUAUGAUUUUAAGUAAAAUAGUCUAGUUUUUUAUAAUUUCUUAUAUAUUAAUGUCUUUCCAAUAAUAGUGUUCCCUCUGACUUGAAUGUAGUGGAGUCAGAAGACUCCUGUCUCCUUUGGUCAGCACAGUGAAUCCUUAGGACUGCAAUGUAGUUACAACCUGUGCUCUAGUCCCAUUUAAAGGUUUUUAGGGGCAAAGUGCUACUUCUCCCCUAAGUACUUCCUGUUUUAAACAUCUUGAUUUACAAAUGCUUAAGGUAAUUCCUGUUAUUUGAAUUCCUGAUAUUUGAUUCUCCCCAAGGCUUCCCUGCUGUCUCAGGUUGUUUCAAACUUGUUAUCUGUAAGAGAAAAAUGUUAGGGAUGGUGGUGGUGAAAGUAUAGGAAUGUCUGGCAUCCAGUUUUUAACAGAAAAUUUCAAGUUUGAGUAGACUUUUGGUGGCACAUUUAAAUCUCUUUAUAGCUGAUGAGCCAUUCUUUACAAUAGUUUGACAUUUCAGCGAUUUCUAAUGCUACAUUUAUAAGGGAAUUAACCUACCUCUACUGUGUAAAUCAUAUUUUAUUGCUGCUCUUUCCAUUUUUUUCAGUGAAGUUAUAUUUAGAUUCUGUUCUUGCUAUAUUAAGGUUAUAUAAUUGAGAAUAUUUUUUUUUUUUUUCUCAAAUAAUUUUCAUGUUCGUAAAUUUCCAAGUUGAUUUCAGAACUGACCUUCACAUUUUUAGGUUGAUAUUACCCUUCAGGAUUUUUGGUGGAGUUAUGGUCUCAGGACUGAGCUUUUAGAAGAAGUUAAUGUGAAAAAUGGCACAGCACUUUGUAGCAGCUAAGGAAAAAUGUGGUGAAAUACAGACAAGUGAUUUUUCUUCUUAAAGUUUUCUUGCAGCUGUCACGGAGUGAAAAUCAAACAUGGUGGUGAUUGGUUGUGUGCUGAUUAACUUCAACAAGAAUUUACAGCAAUUAGUUCUGGUACUAUAGAGUCUUGCCUGAGUCAUAAAUCCUUUAGGAUUUGCUGAACAACUGAGUGAAGAUUUACAUUACUUUCCUUUACAUUACUUUUUUCU